AGCGACAAUUGAGAUCAUACGUGCGGCGGUUUCGUCCCGCGCGUGCACCACCUCCGCUUUCGCGGGCUCGGCACGUCGUGUUCCGCGUGACGAUAACUCCACUCGCUGGCUCCCCGUUGGCCAUUUUGCUAUCCGUUGAUAAAUUCACGGGAUUUUCGUACCGACCGGUGAAUGUGCCGCGCGCGAGAAUAGUCGCGUCACACAAAGUGUCAAAAUGCAAUUUCGUGCGUGUUCAGGCGUGCUUUGACAUGCAGGCGGAGCCCGUGAGUGAAAUUUCGUGAUGGAUCGAGCGCGGCCGUGAGCGAGUACGCGCUUACCUGCGAUGCCCGUUGUUGCCAAUAUUUCGAUACGAUGCGCGAUGAAUCGCCGGAACACGCUCGUAGUCUCGCGUUACUUUGCCCCUGAGAGGUAUUCUGUGGCCGUACGAUAUUGCAAAGGUGCAUGCUAAACGAUGGAGAUAUCGUCGGAUAUAUUACAGUCUUUGGAUAUUGUAUCGAGUAAGAAGAACGUCAUGGAAGUGUUGAAAGACGAUGUCGCGGAGGAGAACAUUAUCUUGGAGUCUGAAGCGACAGAGGAUACUGAGGAGACAGAGAUAGAAGAAAUUAUAGAGAUAAUUGAAGAGAUUGACGAGGACGAUGAAUCUCUUUCAGAUGAUAUAUCCUUGCCAAAGGACGAUGAUAAGAUACCAAGUACAAAGGAGAACGGAGAAGUUAUAAGGGAUGAUAUAUAUGAUCAAGAAACAGACAAGAACAUUGAGAUUUAUGGUUUUGAUGAGGACAAUUCAAUGUUCACAUCGCCAACUAUAAAUAAAGAGGAGGCAACCAAAAAUACAAAUAACAACACACAAAAAAAUAGCAGGAAGAAGCAAGUUAUAAAGUAUGAUGUAGAUGAGGAUUGGCAGGAUGAGGAUCUGGAGCAUAUGGAGGAUUUGGAUAAUACUGACGUACAGGUGCAGAUUGCUCCCAAAAAUAAUAAAAAACAUACAAAUAAUCAAAACAUUACACCAUCAUUGCCAUCAAACAAAUUAGAUAUAAAGUUUCAUACAAAUUCUAUGGCAAAGUCUGACAAGUCAAGAAUGGACAGUGGUAUUGGGAGUAAUGUAAAUAAUGUGGAAGACAAUAGUGAUACUCAUGAAAUAGUGAAGAAUGUAGAGAACAAUUUGUUGUAUACUGUACUUGGAACAAAGAAGCAAGAUUCAUCUACGAAGCAGCAAGAGAAACUUAACGAUGGGCAUUAUAUCAAAAUGGAACGACUUGAUGAGAACACCAUACCAGUUGAGGGUACUAUUUAUUACGAAGGAGAUAACAUGGAGACACUGUAUGUAGCACAAGCUAUUGACGACAAUGAGCAAUAUCAGUAUGAUAAUGCUACGAUUGAACAAGACGAGCAAAUGUGGGAAGCUUCGAAUAACGAUUCCAAUCAAACCCAAGAGGAAGACAAUUCUCAAGAUCAGAUAUUUUUGCACGAGGACGAAGACGGACAGCUCUAUUUCAAAGAUGAUUCUGGUGCUUUGCAACCGGUGUAUCUGACAGAUGAUGGAAAUUACGCAAUCGCGGAAAGUAACGACGACCAAGUAACUAGUAAGGAAUCGAAGCUUCAGCAGAAUAAUAAAACGGUGGAAAAUGAGGAUAGCUUCACAUUACCCGAGUUAGAAUCUAAAUCUUCCAGUAAACAGACAUCUAGUGCUACUGUAACAGCAACUUCACCACUGCAAGAUAUUGACAAUGAAGAUAAUAAUACUGUAACCAUCUCAUUGAUAAUAUCAGAAGAUGAGAAUGGACAAAAGAGAACUCAGGUCAUUAUACCAACAACAGACAACUUGAAAUGUGACAUCUGCAAUAAGAGCUUCAAAACGUCUUUCCAGUUACUUAGGCAUAAUCGAUUGAAACAUGCUCGCGAGGAAGAUAUAACUACAAGAAACUUCCCUUGCGACUUGUGCCCUAAGAGGUACCCAGAUCAGACUUCUCUAGCACGCCAUAGAAAAACUCACACCGGCGAUCGGCCGUUCCAAUGCUUGGAGUGUCACAAAAACUUCCCUACAUCCACGGCGUUACGUCGUCAUUUGAGUCUCCACAAUUCACAAUCACGACCGCUCCCCUGCAUCUACUGCGGCCGUCGAUUCAUGGAGAAAGCAAGUUUGACGAAACACGAAGAAUCGCACAUGCCUCACGAGCAGCGUGUACACACAUGCGACAUAUGCCAGAAGAAGUUUACACACGUGACCGAUUUGACCAUGCACAAGAAGUAUCACGAUCCUGACAAGAAAUUCGAUUGCGAGGUAUGCGGCCGCGAGUUCAACCGUUUGAACAAUUUGCAGAGACAUAUGAUGGUUCAUCAGCAACAACAAGGAGGAACCGAAGAGAUACUCUCCUGCGAUGUAUGUGGAAUCACGUAUAAGUUCAUGAGUUCAUUGACAAGGCACAUGGUGACUACGCACAUGAAUCCUGAGAAGUUGAGACAGCAAGCGGAGGAGCAGCGACGAAAACGUGAGAACAACUACCGAAAAUAUCUGGAGAACCGAAGAAUGUACGAGACUCAGCACACUACAUAUAAUACAAAGCGCAACUAUCAUCAUACCUCGCGUUCACUCACUGGUAAUAACGAUGACACGGCCUGACUUAAUUCUCGCGUAGUAUCUUAACUUAACGGUUUCGCGAAAACCAUUACGACUAUCUCCGUGGAAAAUCACCUAUGUAAAAAAUAAUACCAUUGUAUCUCAAACGUGCUGCAUGCAGUCAUGUUUGUUUUGUAUCAUUGAUUGGCAUAACCAUACAUAGAUGUGCAUUUAAUGGACUUGCCGAGAGUAUAUAGCUAAAAAAUAUACACACGUGUGUGUGUGUUUCAGAGUAAGAUUACUUCUUAAUUAGAUUGACAUUAUGGAAUAUGUAUGCCAAUGAUACAGGUAUACGAAAGAAUACAUGCAUACAUACAUAUAUAUAUAUACACACAUCUAUAUAUAUAUAUAUAUAUAUGCACAUACAUACGCGUGUAUGUGUGUGUGUACAUUGUGUAUGUAUACAAGCAAAUAAUUUCUUUAGUCCUGUAUGCACUGAAAAUGCUGAUUUAAAAUAAAAUAGCACCGUUUAUAUACAAACGUUUCAAGCGUGCCUUAAACUACUUAUUCGUUUAUUUGCACAACGUCUCGAGCGCUUUAAAAUAUGCAUACUUAAUAUCAAAUUUCAUGUCAUACCAAUAAUUAACGGAUAUGCAAGCAUGGGACUGCGUUACAUGAUGGAACCAUAGAGAUGGCAGAUACAGCGCAUCUCCCGCAUUCAGUGUGACUUUCAGAGUGUGUACCAUACUUUGGAUAUCUAUAAAUAAAAUGAUUAGUUUACUUUGCAAGUUCUUCUCUCCGGCGAGUAUUAUCGGAGAAACAGAAUGUUUCGUCGCAUGUAUACUGAACUUUUCAUAAUCUGGCUUUAGAGGGUCUAUACAUAUCCAUGGUGUCAAUGUGGAAGAAUUUGCAAUUUGUUCCGAGUCGAAUGUGCCGCUGCUGUCAGAUCGAUCGUCCACUUUCCAGACUCGUGUUCUUUAUAAACAGCGGAUGGAUAAUUUUGAUAUGGAAUUCAUGGUAAAUCCGUGGGAGGAUGUAAAAUGAAGUUCUCACCAUUCACAACACAAUAUGUUUUCAUAAUGAUCUUUAUGCACUGCAAGAAUUAAUAACGCAAAUAAAUGGAUAUACGUUGGAGUCUCAUAGGUCCUUAGAAUUAAUCGCAUAGACGUCUAUUAAAAUUAUGUUUACGUUAAUACUUAUGUAUACCAAGCGUCAAUUAUCAAUGAUCCUUUCUACAGAUUAUGUAUAAGUAUAAAAUUCAACGAAGAAACGAUGAUCGUGCGUACGAUUUUUUUUAACACGAUGAGAUUGAAAAGAAAUUAAGAUAGUCUCAAUGUGUUGUCAAGUCAAAAUAAAACUUUACUGGAA